CAUAAUAUACUUUGCCACUGAAUCCAGAUGGCUUUGGAGGAGAGUGAAGCUGGUGACUUUGUGCAGCCCUUCCUCACUUAAAUCCAAUUUAUUGCAGGUUAUGACAUUUGUCAUGGUCCUCUUAGAGAACAAAGAACAAACAGCAACAGUUUAUAGUCAUGCAGAGGCAAGUUAAGGUGCCUGAGUGUAGUGACUGUAGAAAGAAGCCCUUGUAGGAAGCCAUGGAUGGCAGUUAAAGUUGGAUAUGGAGAGGUACCACCUUACACCUAUUAGAAAUAGUAAAUGCUGGAAGGGGCGAGGGGAAAAUAGGUACACCAAUGAACUAUUGGUGGACUAGUGAACUGGCCCAACCAUUCUGGAGUUUUGGAACUAUGUCUGAAGAGCUAUAAAACCAUGUGUAUCCUUUGUGGAUAUUCAGCAAAACCACUAUAGUAGGGAACAAAUGGCAUCUGUCUCAGUCGACUGCUGUGAGGACUGAUGACUAAACCUCAUCUUAAUAUGGCAUAUAGAAGAGUAAAUGGGCACGGACAGUCUGUCACAUCCAAACUCCCUCAUAAUGACUGUGGGAUCCUUCAGCUACAUAGAACUGGAACGCAUAAUAUCUGCAUGGUGUCUGAUUUUUUUUAUCCAAAUAUGGGAGGAGUGGAAAGCCACAUAUACCAGCUAUCUCAGUGUCUGAUUGAAAGAGGACACAAAGUUAUAAUUGUCACCCAUGCUUACGGAAAUAGAAAAGGUAUUCGAUACCUUACCAGUGGCCUCAAAGUAUAUUACUUACCGCUAAAAGUCAUGUAUAAUCAAUCUACAGCAACAACCCUCUUUCACAGUCUGCCUCUGCUCAGGUACAUAUUUGUUCGGGAGAGAGUCACCAUAAUCCAUUCACAUAGUUCUUUUUCUGCCAUGGCCCAUGAUGCACUCUUCCACGCCAAGACAAUGGGCCUACAGACAGUCUUCACAGACCAUUCUCUUUUUGGAUUUGCUGAUGUCAGCUCGGUGCUUACAAACAAACUUCUAACUGUAUCACUUUGUGAUACAAAUCAUAUAAUUUGUGUCUCUUACACUAGCAAGGAAAAUACUGUUCUAAGAGCAGCAUUGAAUCCUGAGAUAGUAUCCGUCAUCCCCAAUGCUGUAGAUCCUACUGACUUCACUCCAGACCCAUUUAAAAGGGAUGAUAGUAUAAUAACUAUUGUUGUUAUCAGCAGGCUUGUUUACAGAAAAGGGAUUGAUUUGCUUAGUGGGAUAAUACCUGAACUCUGUCAGAAAUAUCCAGAUUUAAAUUUCAUAGUUGGAGGAGAGGGACCAAAGAGAAUCAUUUUGGAAGAAGUGCGGGAAAGAUACCAACUACAUGACAGGGUACGUCUUUUGGGAGCCUUGGAACACCAGGAUGUUAGAGAUGUCUUGGUUCAGGGUCACAUCUUCCUAAAUACUUCUCUUACUGAGGCUUUCUGCAUGGCAAUUGUGGAAGCAGCAAGUUGUGGUCUACAGGUUGUGAGUACCAGGGUUGGUGGAAUUCCUGAGGUAUUGCCAGAUAGUCUUAUCAUUUUAUGUGAACCAUCAGUAAAAUCUUUGUGUAAUGGCUUAGAAAAAGCUAUUUCUCAGCUGAAGUCAGGAACAUUGCCAGAUCCAGAGAAAAUCCAUAACAGAGUAAAGACAUUCUAUACCUGGAGGAAUGUUGCAGAGAGAACUGAAAAGGUGUAUGACAGAGUGUCUAGGGAAGCUGUGUUACCUAUGGACAAGCGACUGAACAGGCUGAUCUCUCACUGUGGCCCAGUGACUGGUUGCACCUUUGCUUUGUUGGCUGUGUUGAACUUCCUCUUCCUUGUUUUCCUGAGGUGGCUGACUCCUGAUUCUAUCAUUGAUAUUGCAGUUGAUGCCACAGGACCAAAGGGGGCCUGGACCCAGCAGUAUUCUUUUAGUGAAAAGGGGAAAGAAAAUAAAGAGAUUUCAGAAUCACGGUAGAAAGAAGCCUACUUUUCAAGAUUUUAAAUAUUCAAUAAUUCUUCCAAAAUAGUUUGAAAUAACUUUACUUUUUUAUAUUAGUUUAGAAAUUUAUGCUACCUCCAGUUCAUACUAUGUUUGAUUUUUGAGUCAAGAUCCUGAACUUAUGCAAUUUCCUGGGACGAAACACUCUUUGCACUUGUUUAAAAUUCAGAAGGGAAAAUUUUGAGCUACUCAGGUGUAAAACUUUCAAGACUACUGAAUUCACUGUAACAGUGGUGUUUUAAGAUUAUACUUUGGGGGCUUGUGGGCACUGAUGGGCCAAGUUCAUUAUUGUCUGGAGUUUCUUUGCCAAUAUUUAGUAUUGUUCUUUUUAAUAUGAAUUUGAAAUUCAUAAAGCAUUUAUAGGAUAUGCUUGAUGUAUUUUAAGUAUAGUACUUGUAGCAUAUGUGCUGGGUAUAUUCAGUAAGUGUUAACUCUUCAACCAUCGAGUAAGAUAGGCACCUUGACCAGUGAAGCAAUAUUUGUUGAGGACCUGUUGUGUGCUGAGCACUGUAUUAGAUGCUUCCUAUAGAAUACUGGGACCACUUAAUAGUGUAGUAGCAAUUUAUUAAUGAAAAAUAGCAUGCUGCCAGAUGUUUUGAAUGUGUCCCAAAAUAACCAUCUUAAUCUCAGUAAAUUUCUGGCAAGGGCUGGCUUUGUACUGUUGGAGAUACUCAUCUAGGCAGUGCCUAUGUCUUUUGUUUUUGUGUUUUUAUACAUUUUAUUUAAAGUUGGCCGUGGGUUUCAAAUGACAUUUGAAAAGCUCAUGGAUUUUUGUCCUUAUGGAAAUGCUAAUUUAAAAAUUAAGAGUAAGAUAUCCUUUGCUUUUAAAUAUUUUUAAAUAUUUAAAAUAUUUAUUUAAUAUUUGACAGCAAAUAUUAAAUAAAUAUUUAUUAGGGACCGAUAUCACUGUUUAGCAUAGGGCAGAGGCACACUCCACUAGCUUUCAUACAUAACUUAGUCCUUUUUCUGCAGAUGACUCAAUUUUAGGCUGUCUUCAGCAGAAAGUAGUGGGUUUCCAAAGAUGGUGAUAAUUAUGACCAUCUGCAGUGCUAUACAUUUAAUUGUAGUCAUUUAUACUUCUCUUCCUUUGUGAUCUUGUUUACAUUUGAAUAAAUACUUUGAAUGACAGUAGUUCAAUAGUUUUUUCCUCAGAAAUUUUGGGUUCUCAACAAAUACAAACUGAAAAUUAUCAGGAGAUAGUCACUGUGUUGAUGGAUGUGGCCCAUUAUAAUAGUUUUUGCCUCAGAGCCAUGGGUUUCCUAACCCCAAACUAUCCUUAUAAUCUAUAUCUUUAAUUUAGUGAACAUUCCUUUGAAAAUUUGGGAAAUUUUUCUCAUAAAGCACUGUUUGACAUUAGAAAGACGAUGACUUGUGCAGACUUCAGCAUUCUGGCUAUCUGUACCAGAUUUUUUCAGAACUUUUUUUAAUGACAAAACUCAGAAGGUCAGAUAGUUUUUGUAUAAGUAUUCUAUAUUGUGAAUAUUUUAACUUUUAUUCCAUUGUGAUAUAAAAAGAACAAUGCAUCUUGUUUUUACUGAAAUGGGUUUGAUGAAAAGAACACUAUAAAAUCUUAAAAUUAGUUUUUUUCUUUUGUUGAAGAAAAGUAUUGAUUAUUGGUAUUAAAAAAACUAUCUAGGGGGAAGCUAGGUAGCUCAGUGGACAAAGCACCGACCCUGGAUUCAGGAGGACCUGAGUUCAAAUCCAGCCUCAGACACUUGACACUUACUAGCUGUGUGACCCUGGGCAAGUCACUUAACCUUCAUUGCCCCACCAAAAAAACCCCCAAAAUUAUCUAAAAAUCUUGACAUUGAAAAUUCCUUUUAUUAAUCAAUGCUGCUUGACAUGAAUAUAAAACGUAUCAGUAUAUCGGGUACAAAAUUGUUGAGAAAAUACUGAGUUUUGGUUUUAUUGAUGCCAUUAAUCAAUUUUUUAAAAAGCAUACUACUAUCUAUACCUAACAUUUAACAUUCCUUUUGAAUCACUCUUUAAAAUUGUUAAACAUUCAUGCCUUAAAUUAAUGUAGGAAAAACUUCAAUUCACAAUUCAUUAGUAUGUUAAACAUUGGACAUUAAAAUAAUUUCUUCUUGAGUUUCUUCUUUUAAAGAAUCAUGAAAGAAGUGAAACUUGCCUUCUCUUGUUGAAACCAUAUAUCUUGAACUUUAAACUGUAUUACAGUUGCACUGCUCAGCAUCUAGAAACAUACCAUAUUGUUCCUCUAUUUACUCUAGCAUUGUAAAAAAUGAAUUUACUUUGGUAAAGGAUUUAGAAGAAAUCCAGUGCUAAUUUGCAUUUUGGAGAAGUUAACCUAAAAUUUGCUCAAUGAAAAAAUAUACUAUAUUUAAGUCUAAUAAUUAAAAACAAUUGCUUUUUUAGCCAAAAAAGUAGUAGUUCAAGAUGAGAAAUAUCUUUUUUAGCAUUGUCAGAUGAUCAUUUGGUGGUUGGUUAAGAAAGCCCCUUAAAUUAGUUAUGCAGCACAUUUUUUCUUCUAGUGAUGUGGAGUAGCAGGUUCUAACUUGUGCCUGCAUUCCCUGCCUCAAACAAGUUCUAAUUUUCCUUUGUAACAAAUUUAUUUCGCAGGAUGAAAGAUAUUUUAUUUGUGUUUUUGAACUAUAUUGUUGCUGUACCAUGUGAGAGAUUUUAAGAGGAAUUUAUAUUUAGGCUGUUAACAUAAGUUGAGCUUUUUUAUACUUUUUUUUUUCCCCUGAAGAUGCUAUAGAUAAAACUGAGUGAGAACCUGACUUGUUACAAAUGAAUUAGAUUUAGAUUUGUAAAAUUUUUCUAAACACAGAAAGGAUGCUUUGGAGCAAAGAUUAAAAUUAAAAAAAAAAAAUAACAGAGCCAGUUUAGUCAUGAAAACACCAUACCAUACACAUGUAUGCACUCUUAUUUCCACCAAAACAUUUGUUUGCCAUUGUACAGAUCUGUACUUUUAUGAAGUAUUUUUAAAAAGCCUCCUCAGUAUUCAUUUAUUUCUUUAUCCGUUCUCAAGAAAAUUUAGAUGUGUUAAUAUUAAACUAUAUUGUGA